UGUAACAUUAGUUUUUUAAGAGCGACCACGCGAUUAGUGAAAAUGUUUUAAUGUCAAAAUAUAAAUCAUUAAUAUUAUUUUAUAUUUUCCAUAGAUUUAAUAAUUGUUAUAACAUUCCUUGAUUAAGAAAAAUUUAAUCUAAUUUAAUAUGAAUUUAUUGAAAGAAAAAAAAUUUACUUGCAGGGUGAGUUCUGUGUUAAACAAAAAUGUUAAAGAAUUUGGUAAACAAAAUAUGUUUGACGAGUCAAAUGAAACUUGUUGGAAUUCUGAUUCUGGAACGCCACAAUGGAUUCUAGUAAAUUUUGACGAGGAAAUUGAUUUAUCAGAAAUAGAAAUAGAAUUUCAAGGUGGAUUUGCCGGUAAGAAAUGUUCUAUUGAAGCUGGAAUUGAUUCAAAAGAUUUGUCAUUAGUUGAUGAUUUUUUCCCUGAGGAUACAAAUACAAUGCAACGAUUUCAUUUAUCUGAAACAAAAAGAACUAAAGUAUUUAAAAUUGUUUUUCACAGUAGUACUGAUUUUUUUGGUAGAAUUGUUGUCUAUAAACUUUUAUUUCAUUCCUGA